AUUUAUCAUGUUUGGCUCGAGAGAAAAGAAGAGAGAGAGAGAGAGAGAAAAAGAGUAGUAUUGUGUGAACUGUGAAGCUGAAGUUGGGAUUCGCAACAUUUCGUCACAUCGAAAAGAUUGAUCUUUCUGAAAGCGAAACGAAGAAGAAAGAAAAAAAGCUCCGAAAAGCGAAAUCGAACAAGAAAACUAUCAAGUUUCUUUCUCUGAAAAAGCCGUAUUUAGAGCUCAAAAGCUUUGUUCGUUUUGGGAAUCGGAACUAAGAAAGUCAACGAAAGAAUCAAAAUUCAAAGGAGGAGGUUCAGUUUGUACAGUCCAUGCUUUCUUGUCAUAUUGUCUGAGAGAAAUUUUGUACAAGUUAAUUGUUAUAUACGACCAGUAUUUUCUGUGACAUUAUGCAUGUCUGGCCCUGUGGCCAUUGGUGAUAAAGUGGAAGGAGCACUUACUUGUGCAGAGAGAACAAGAUCCCUUGAUGCUAUUUCAGAAAAGGAGAACGUUUUGACUUCAUCAAAUGGAGAAGUUGAUCAUACUUCUGAAGCGGCGGGGUUUAGGGCCGGGGAACUAUUACUUUCCAAUGGCGAAUCCUACUCUGGAUCACUGCUUGGCAACAUCCCCGAGGGCAGAGGGAAGUAUGUUUGGUCAGAUGGUUGUGUAUAUGAGGGUGAGUGGAGAAGGGGGAUGAGACAUGGGAAUGGAAGGAUUCAAUGGCCUUCUGGUGCGUUUUAUGAGGGCGAAUUUUCUGGUGGUUAUAUACAUGGUACAGGGACUUAUAUUGGUUCGGAUAAGAUAACAUACAAGGGAAGAUGGAGGUUAAGUCUCAAGCAUGGUUUGGGAUAUCAGGUUUAUCCUAAUGGAGAUGUUUCUGAAGGGUCUUGGAUUCAGGGAACACCAGAAGGGCCUGGUAAGUAUACAUGGGCUAACGGAAAUGUUUAUCUAGGAAACAUGAAAGGGGGGAAGAUGUCAGGGAAAGGAACUCUUACUUGGAUUAGUGGGGAUUCAUUUGAAGGAAGCUGGUUGAAUGGCAUGAUGCAUGGAUUUGGAGUAUAUACUUGGAGCGAUGGGGGCUUCUAUGUUGGAACUUGGACAAGGGGUUUGAAGGAUGGAAAAGGCUCUUUUUAUCCGCAAGGCAGCUGGCUUCCAGCUGGGCAAGAACUUUACCUCAAUGCUUUGAGGAAAAGAGGGCUAUUGCCAGAUCUGAGAAAGCAGAAUAAUGGGCAUAUCCACCAUGCUGCUUCAGUAGAUAUGGGAAACACCAAAGUUGUGGAUAGCCAUGGAUCUCGUCGUAAUACAUCCGAUAGGCUUUCUAAAAGAAACCUAUUGAAUUUGGAGCAAUCUCGUGGCAGAAAUGUUUCCUUGGAAAGGCGCUGGAGUCUUGAGGUAUCAAUAGAAAAACUUAUUGGCAAUAAUUCAUCAUUAGGCAUAUCCGAACCCAUCUCAGAAGGCGGAGAUAAAGAUGCUGGCACAAACAUACCAAUCUUGGAACGAGAAUAUAUGCAAGGUGUCUUAAUUAGUGAGCUAGUGCUAACCAGUAGUUUUUCACGGACAUCUAGAAGGGCAAAAAGGCGACACAAGAAACUGGCAAAGGAGGUAAAGAAACCUGGUGAAGCGAUCAUUAAAGGACAUAGGAGUUAUGAUCUAAUGCUUAGUUUGCAGCUUGGUAUCAGAUAUACUGUUGGAAAAAUUACGCCUAUACAAAGGCGGGAAGUUCGGGCAUCAGAUUUUGGUCCCCGUGCAAGUUUUUGGAUGAAUUUUCCUAAAGAGGGCUCCCAAUUGACUCCACCUCAUCAAUCUGAAGAUUUCAAGUGGAAAGACUAUUGUCCUAUGGUCUUCAGGAAUUUGAGGGAGAUGUUCAAGAUUGAUGCUGCCGACUACAUGAUGUCUAUUUGUGGAAAUGAUGCUCUUAGAGAACUUUCUUCUCCAGGGAAAAGUGGUAGUGUGUUUUUCCUGUCUCAAGACGAUCGCUUCAUGAUUAAAACGCUUCGGAAAUCUGAAGUGAAGGUCCUCCUACGGAUGCUUCCAGAUUAUCAUCAUCAUGUAAGAUCAUACGAGAAUACACUGAUUACAAAGUUCUUUGGUCUUCACAGAAUCAAACCUUCAAGUGGUCAAAAGUUUCGUUUUGUAGUGAUGGGAAACAUGUUUUGCACAGAAUUAAGGAUUCAUAGAAGGUUUGAUCUAAAAGGUUCAUCACUAGGGCGUUCCGCGGACAAGGUUGAAAUAGAUGAAAACACGACAUUAAAGGAUUUGGAUUUAAACUACUGCUUUUAUCUGGAACCAUCUUGGAGAGAGGCUUUACUGAAGCAGAUUGAGAUUGACAGAAAAUUUUUGGAAGCCCAACACAUUAUGGACUACAGCCUUCUGCUAGGUGUGCACUAUCGCGCUCCCCAACACCUAUGGCCUCUAAUGUCCUACAGGGGAAGCAGACGAGCAGACGGAUUGGGAAUGGUUGCAGAGGAAGGUUUCAGUUUCUUGUUGUUGACCAACACAGAUUUUGCUGAUGAUGUCCAAAUUACAGAGACUUUGGAGGAUCAUAUCUCCAACUAUCCACAGGGCCUUGUUUUAGUUCCUCGUGGAGAAGAUGAUAACAGUGUGGUUGUUGGUCCGCACAUCAGAGGUAGUCGAUUGCGAGCAUCAGCUGCUGGCGAUGAGGAAGUGGAUCUCCUCCUACCUGGUACAGCAAGACUCCAAAUCCAGCUCGGUGUGAAUAUGCCGGCGAGGGCGGAGCAGGUUCUGGGGAAACAGGAAGAGAAGAUGUUCAAUCAGGUGUAUGACGUGGUUUUGUAUUUGGGUAUCAUUGAUAUAUUGCAAGAUUACAACAUGAGUAAGAAGAUUGAACAUGCAUACAAAUCUUUUCAGUUUGAUUCUUUGUCAAUCUCUGCCGUGGACCCCACAUUCUAUUCCCAUCGCUUCUUAGAAUUCAUUAAGAAGGUUUUCCCUUCGACUGAUGUAACAAGUUAGAAGAAUUUGUUAUUGUAAUAUAUACCAUGCCUCUUUUGUGAGUUUUUGUUUUUAUAAAGUCCACCUGUUUGCUUGCUACGAAAUUGCAAAA